CACGCCCUCCCGGGCGCCAUGCUGGCCGCUCGCUGCGCGGCCCUCGCGGGGGGGCUGCGGGUCCUGGCGCGGCCGUGGCUGCGGGGGUUCGGCGCCCUGGCCCAGGCGCGCGCGGCUGGCUCGCUCGGCGUUGGGCACCCGCGGCCUUCGGUCGGGCCGGAACCGCGCAGGCGUCGGCUCGGCCUAUCGGCCGCUGCGGUGGUGAACUCGGCGCCCCGCCCCCUGCAGCCCUACCUGCGCCUCAUGCGGUUGGACAAGCCGAUCGGAACCUGGCUGCUGUAUCUGCCAUGUACUUGGAGCAUUGGGUUAGCAGCUGAACCAGGUUGUUUUCCAGAUUGGUACAUGUUAUCCCUCUUUGGCACUGGAGCUGUUCUGAUGCGUGGAGCAGGCUGUACUAUUAAUGACAUGUGGGACCGGGACUAUGAUAAAAAGGUUAUAAGAACAGCAAAUCGCCCAAUAGCUGCUGGAGACAUUUCAACUUUUCAGUCCUUUAUUUUCCUUGGGGGACAGCUGACCUUGGCACUGGGCAUUCUUUUGUGUCUGAAUUACUACAGUAUAGCUCUGGGAGCAGCAUCCCUGCUUCUUGUCAUCACCUACCCACUAAUGAAAAGAAUUACAUACUGGCCUCAAUUAGCCCUAGGGUUGACUUUUAAUUGGGGAGCAUUACUUGGAUGGUCUGCUAUCAAGGGCUCCUGUGAUCUAUCUAUUUGCCUGCCUCUUUAUUUUUCUGGAAUUAUGUGGACUCUAAUAUAUGAUACUAUCUAUGCCCACCAGGACAAAAGAGAUGAUGCUCUGAUUGGUCUUAAGUCCACGGCGCUGCGGUUCCAGGAGAACACCAAGCAGUGGCUCAGUGGCUUUGGUGUGGCGAUGCUGGGGGCGCUGAGCCUGGUGGGAGUGAAUAGUGGUCAGACUGCACCCUACUACACUGCUCUUGCUGCUGUAGGAGCCCAUCUGGCACACCAGAUUUACACUCUAGACAUCCACCGACCUGAGGAUUGUUGGGAUAAAUUUACCUCCAAUCGAACAUUGGGACUAGUGGUUUUGUUAGGGAUUGUCCUUGGGAAUUUGUGGAAGGAAAAGAAGACAGAUGAAGCAAAUAAAAGUAUAGAUAGAAUAGAAAAUUAGCAAAGGACAUUGAUCUAGGAACCUUUAAAACAAACUUUUGCAAAACACUCUCAGGUCUUGUUACCACAUAAUUAGAUUUGAAUAAGCAGUCUUGCAAUAUGUUAAAGAGUUAAGAACCAGGAAAUCAGAUGUAGACCAUAUUUGCCUGGAUUUAGUUUAAGUGUUAUCUAGCAAAAUCCUUCCCCUGUCUCAUCCUGUAGGAUUUGAGUGACCUUGAAUAUUUAAGUUGAUACAUUCUUCUGCUCAUUGUGAUUCCCAUCUGCAGUUACAGGAAUGGUAUGAGUUUGGGCACUUUAAAAGAUGCCUGAUUUAUAUCUCAUCCAAAUGAAUGAAUGUAGGAAAACGGACCUUAAUUUUAGGGAAAAAUUAAAGCUGCUAUAGAAAGUUGAGGUUUAUUGUUUUUGUUGUAACCUUUACUUACUGCCAGAAGCUGUAAUUGAGGAAACCAUUCUCUGUUUUAUAUUUUAGGAUAAUUUAAGUAAGUAAAUAAAAAUUUUUAUCUACUGUA